AUGGACGACCCCCUGGACUCUCUCCCAGCAUGGAUCACCAGUGCAGCGUUGAUCCUAGUGACCAUCAUCCCGCUUACUGCGUUUUGGACUCUUCACCUUCGCAACACCCCCAUCGACCGGCCAUCCCAGCCCGUGAGGUCCGCCCGUGUGUACCUGCACCUAGCGCUACCCAUCUGGAUCAUGGCCGUAGUUUCCGCUGCGAUCAGUCCCUCCAUAACCGCAAGCCUACGGCAUAUGGGAUCGAUGGACCAGCCUUACAGGUCAGAGAUAUAUCCUGGCGCGCUCGCAUCGAUGUACACAGCCUUGAUCUCCUCCUUCCUUACCACGACCGCGGCAGUCUUCACCACCGCGGCGGUCUGCCUCGCUGGGAUGUGCACCUUCUAUGCGGUGCGGUCGAGACAAAAGUGGUGGAAGGCACUCCAGCUGAAUGCGAUUUGCGGGUCGGUGCUCUUCGUGGCGCUGGCCGCGACGUGGUUCGGCAAGACCCUGGCCAACUACAUGAACGAAAAUUACCGCAUUGAUAGCUUGUCUAGCUGGUAUGGCUUCCGCUUUGAGUGGUUCCGUUACAUUGUUGACAUUACGCUGGUUCUCCUUGCGGUGGGGGUGGUUGGUGUGGCGAUUUAUGUCGCAGUGAAAUUCCGGAGCCGGAGUCGUUACCAGGUUGGAAAUCUCCCAAGCCUCUUACUCACCGCCUCCCUCCUUUGGCUGCUGCGCUGCGUGUUCGUCCUGGCGGUGGACAUCAAGGAUAUCAGGCUCGCGUGGGGCGUGGUGGAAUUGUCCGCGUACAAGAUCGUCCGCCCAAUCCUCGACUUUUGGGUAUCUGCGGCCGUCCUGGGCCUCAUCACGGAGAUAUUGCGCAAGCCCUUAUGGUCGGAUCCCACCACAAUCCCGGAUCCCGGGUCAUGGGUGCAAGACGGAUUUGUUCAGGAUGAGAUGCAAUAUUUGCAGCAGCCACACCACCCGCAGCAACCGGGUGCACAUGGACAGCAACAGCCAACCACUGGGAGACGCAAUUUCGUGACGAACCUCCCUGAUUCAGGAUGA